GGUCAAAAGUGUUUACUAACACUAUAGAAAGCCGACAAACAAAUUGUUUACAAAAAAAACUUACGCGAAAAAACUGAACUUACUAGCCAUUUAAUCGUAAUUAAGUAGUCGUGUUCGAAAAAUCAAGUAAACCUCUUGUUAUGCCGAAGAACGGAAGUGCUGGUCACCGGAACAAUGCUCCCAGGAAACGCCAAACGCCAGCGGUGCAACUGGAUGAGAAAAUCCCAAUUGUCCAGGCUUUUCGCAACUACUCCAAUGAACUGACCAUGAAACAUGAUCGCCACGAACGGAUCGUCAAGCUGAGUCGCGACAUCACCAUAGAGUCUAAGCGGAUCAUCUUCCUGCUGCACUCAAUCGAUUCGCGUAAGCAGAACAAGGAGAAGGUUUUGGAGGAGGCGCGUCAGCGGCUGACCAAGUUGAUCGAGGUGAACUUUAGGGCCGUGGCCCUGGAGCUGCGCGACCAGGAUGUCUACCAGUUCCGAGCCGCGUACUCACCUGGCUUGCAGGAAUUCAUCGAAGCAUACACCUAUAUGGAGUACCUGUGCUACGAGGACGGGGAAGGCGAGAAUGGAACCAAAAGCGUUUCCGACUGGCAGGCCAUCCAGGCGGUGAUGCAGUACGUCGAGGAGAGCAGCAAGCCUAAGGAGGAACCAACGGAUGGCGAAGAAUUGGAGGUGGUGGCUCUUGCCGAGGAGGAAAUCCCCAAGAAGUUUCAGUUCUUCGUGGACCCUACUGAGUAUAUUCUGGGACUGUCUGAUCUUACUGGAGAACUGAUGCGUCGCUGCGUCAAUUCACUGGGCAGCGGGGAUACUGACACCUGUUUGGAGACCUGCAAGACCUUGCAGCACUUUUACACUGGUUACAUCAGUCUGAAUUGCCAGAGAGCCCGGGAACUAUGGCGCAAGAUCACCACUAUGAGGCAGAGCGUCCUCAAGGCCGAGAAUGUCUGCUACAAUGUGAAAGUACGCGGCGGUGAGGCUGCCAAAUGGGGUGCCACCUUUGACCAAAAACCAGCUGAAGAUGUGGAUGAGGGCUUCUACUAAGCAAACUUCAUAGGCAUAAGUUCACAACAAACGAAUAUAUAUAUUAAACCAAUUAUUUGGUAAAUGGAACGUUCGGUCCAGGUUAACAAUGAA